AUGUCCAAUUGUUCAGCAUCCGGAACAUUUCACACAAGUGUUUCUGCCCGGAAAUAAUAUGCAGUAGUACACGAAGAGAGCCCUUAACGGAAAAUAAACAGGACAAAACAAACGGGGUUUUAAAAAUGGCAGAGACCCACAGUUUGCAGGACAUGAGGCAGCAGGCAGCCAUUGCUGCCAAAGUCUUCAUUCAGAGAGAUUACACCAAUGGAACUAUGUGCCAGUUCCAAACCAAAUUCCCCUCAGAGUUGGAUUCCAGGAUUGACAAACAGCACUUUGAAGAAACUGUGCGGAUGCUGAAUAAUCUGUACGCCGAGGCUGAGAAACUGGGCGGCCAGUCUUACAUCGAAGGCUGUUUGGCCUGCCUCACAGCAUACACCGUGUUCAUGUGUAUGGAGACUCACUAUGAAAAGGUUUUGAGGAAGAUUGCGAAGUACAUCCAGGAGCAGAAUGACAAGAUCUAUGCCCCGCGAGGUCUGCUGCUCACCAACCCCAUCGAGAGAGGCCUGAGAGUUAUUGAGGUCACCAUCUUUGAGGACAGAGGCCUGACAAGAUGAAAGCUGCAGGCUUGUAGCUGAGCAGAGUGGCCCAGCACCAGUGUCCAUCACCUCCUCCUCCAAGAGAACAACCCACACCUCCCCCCUUAACACUGCGUCUCUACAAUCUGUCCCUCCCUACUACAGUACCUGCCAUGUUCACGUCUCUUUCAAAGUAUGCUUUAUAACCAAAUGUAAUAUUUCAUACUUGGUAGUUAUUCCUGUAUUAUCCUCAUAUGUGAGUUUUUCAAUUCUGUCUUUACAUUUUCAGGUAAUAAAUCUAUAUUUAUUUUAAUGUAAAAGAGUGAAGGGUGUUAUAAAAAAAACACAGAUAGACUUUAUGAAACAUCCACAGAGCCAUGAUUUAUUAUAUUUGGUUCACCUUGGACUUUUUUGCCUGUGGAAAUAUGAUCCUUUAAAUAUUUCGUUUUUGUUAAUACUCAGGCCAACACAGGGUAACAUUUUAGUUGUUUUUUGGGGGGGUUUUUUUCGUUGUUUUAAUGGUUCAUACGAGUCUCCCACAUCCUUACUUUACGUGAUUGUUUUGGCUCAGCGGAGUAAAGUAUUUCAGGCUCGUUGCAGCCAAGUCUUGUUAUCACUGCAAAUUUCAUCCUUACUCCUACAUCUGCACAAUUUCACACUUUAUUUGCUUUUGUUCUUAACUUGUGUAUAUAUUUCCACUGUCCAAGUAUCCAAUCACUUUUCCCGCAUGAUUCCUGCAUAGACUUUAACCUUGUCGAUAAUCAACUGCUUCAAACUUCUAUUUUGUUCAGCUGCAAACAUUCCAGUCAAACUGUCACUGACUGAAAGGUUUUCGGAAAGUCAGAGCCCCUGCUUUUCUGUUAGCUCUGAAUUUUUUAGCAUCUUGUUUAACCACGGUUUUUUACUAAUGUAAUUCAGCAUUAAUACUCGUGAAAAUGUAAGAACUGGUGGUGUUGCCUUUGACUGUAUAAAAGUGCUCUUGUUUGGUGUCCGUGCCUGUCAUGGCUUUGAAUGUUGACAUGGUUUAAAGUUCGGGUCACAGCUGAUGUUUUCACAAAUACUUUUUAUUUAAUGUGAUUUUAACAGAACACCUUAAUAAAACAGUGCCUAUUGGUUUGAACUUGUAAGGGUUGAAAUGACCGACUGGACAACCAGAGACUAGUUAAUUAUUUAAUUUCCUAACCAAUCAUCUUUCAGAAUACAGAUCUCCACAUAACCCUGACUUUACUUUGUCUUACCAUUACAAUGUGACCAGGUCUUAUCAACUUAUUCAGUCAGACCUGAAGAUUUCUCUUUUUGCUAAGGCCAACAACUAAUGGUACAGUAAAGACUACAACUAACUCAUGUUUGUGUAUAAGAAAUGGACAGAGCCAUCUCCACCUCAGGUUGACCAGACUUCUGUUUUUUUGUCAUCAUUGUCUGUCAACCACACACUCUCCAAUCAUAUUGUCUGUCUCAUUUACACUAGUCUGCCCCCCAACGUUGUGACCACCUGUUCAAAACUCUGUACUGCUAAACUGGGAUGAACUGUGUGUUUCCCUCAGAACCAACAUUAUCAUUUUUAGAAAAAAAAAAUUUAGCAACCAUGGUGGCUGUGUUGAAGAAAAACACACACACACCAGCAUUUUCUUCCCAAGAAGAAACUGGAGGAGGGGUUGCAUGAACCAUCUAUGUCCACUUGUUGCUUAACAUAUUGAGCCCACUGACAGAUGCCAUGAUAAUAUGAUAAAAAAAAAAGAUUGUUGUUGUUGACUUUACCUGUCAGUGGUCCUAAUGCUACAAUUGAUCUUUGUUUGACUCAUCUUCCAUUUUUCUUCAAAAACAACCAAAGUGUAGAAACUGACGUUACAGUCUGAGGCUGAGGAGCCAGUGGUCAGGUUUGCAGAGACUCAAAAGGCUUCUGUACAAACCAGGAUGUGUCUGACUCUCAGGUCUGUGCCGGCUCUGUCCAGUUCUUAGGAACACUCUGAACUGAACACUUCACAAAUGGAAACAUAACCAAAGUUCAUGAUCCUGUUAAAGCACAAACAAAGCUGAAAAUGUGUCGUUUUCAGACAUAAUGUGAAU